AUGGACGCCCUCUCUAACGUUCCCCAACCCGUCGUUCUUGGCCUCGCCGCCGUCGGCGCCGCUUGGGCUGCCGUCAAGGUUGGCAGCUUCGUCCGCGUGCUUCUCAGCCUGUUCGUCCUGCCGGGUAUCUCGGUGCGUGCCUCACGCCUCGACACUUCUUCCCAGCAUCCCGUCAAGCACCCAAUUGCUAACGAAACCCCUACCCCACAGCUCUCCAAGUUCGGCCCCAAGGGCUCCUGGGCCAUCGUCACCGGCGCCAGCGACGGAAUCGGCAAAGAAUAUGCGCUCGCGCUGGCCAAGCGCGGCUUCAACGUGGUGCUGGUGUCGCGCACCCUGAGCAAGCUCGAGGCGCUCGCCUCGGACAUCAGCAGCGCCAAUGCGGGCGUGCAGACGCGGGUGCUGGCGAUGGACUUUGCGGCCAACAAGGACUCGGACUUCGCCGCGCUGGCCGCGCUGAUUGCCGACCUGGACGUCUCGAUCCUGAUCAACAACGUCGGCCUCUCGCACAGCAUCCCGGUGCCCUUCGUGCUGACGCCCGCCGAGGAGAUGCGCGACAUCAUCACCAUCAACUGCACCGGCACGCUGCGCGUCACCCAGCUCGUCGCGCCCAAGCUCGUCGCCCGCAAGAAGGGUCUCAUUCUGACCAUGGCUUCGUUCGGCGGCGUCAUGCCCACGCCGCUGCUGGCGACCUACAGCGGUAGCAAGGCUUUUCUGCAACACUGGAGCGCCGCGCUGGCUGGCGAGCUGGCUCCCUCGGGCGUCCACGUCCAGCUGGUUCAGAGCUACCUUGUCACGUCGGCCAUGAGCAAGAUCAAACGCGCCUCGGCUAUGAUCCCUACCCCCAAGGCCUUCGUCGCCGCCGCACUGGGCAAGAUUGGCAGGUCUGGUGGCGCUCAGGGUGUUGCGUAUACGUCCACGCCGUUCUGGAGCCAUGGUCUGAUGCACUGGGCGAUUGCAACGUUCGCAGGAACCACAAGCACGACGGUUCUGAAGAUCAACAAGGACAUGCACGAGGGCAUCAGAAAGAGGGCUUUGAAGAAGGCCGAGAGGGAAGGUAAGAAGGUUGCCUAA